CUCUCCUAUCAGUUUGAGAUCGCCCCCUCCAAAAACGGAAAGCAGAGAGAGAGAGAGAGAGAGAGAAGAGAGAGAAACAGGGAGGGGCCCUGUCGAAGGCUUCAGGGCUUGCGAUAGUGCCUAACGCGUAAAACCCUAUUCCCAUUCUACUUUUGCAGUGUUAAUAGAACUUCAUUCCCAACUAUGGUGUUCUGGGUUUUUGGAUAUGGUUCCUUGAUUUGGAACCCUGGGUUCGAAUAUGAUGAGAAAGUGAUAGGCUUCAUCAAGGAUUACAAGCGUUGUUUUGAUGUUGCUUGCAUAGAUCAUAGGGGUACACCUGAAAACCCUGCAAGAACAUGUUCCUUGGAACAAAAUGAAGGAGCCAUUUGUUGGGGUGCUGCUUACUGUGUACGAGGAGGUCCACACAAGGAAAGGGCGGCAAUGGAAUACCUGGAGAAGAGAGAAUGCGAGUAUGAUCAAAAGGCUUCUGUGGACUUUUAUAAGGAAGGUGAAACUACACAACCUGCUGUAAGUGGGGUCAUAGUUUUUACAUCCACUCCAGAGCGAGAAACAAAUAAAUAUUACCUUGGCCCUGCCCCAGUGGAGGAUAUGGCUAGACAAAUUGCAACUGCUUUUGGCCCGUGUGGAAACAACAGAGAAUAUAUCUUCAUGUUGGAAAAGGCUAUGUAUGAUAUCGGUCAUGAAGAUGAUUUCGUAAUAGAGCUGGCAAAUGAAGUGAGGAAGGUCCUUGGAAUUUUUGUAGCGAUACCCACGGGAAAGAAGAAGAAGAAGGUUUUGCCAUCAUCCCACAGCCCUCGCAAGUCCCAAAUCCAACCUCUUCCGCUACAUAGAUCCUCUGAAGCCGUUGCGAUGGACUCCUAACACAGAAUACAAAUUGCUGAAGAAGCUGGACAAAGGCAAAGCUGUUUGCCUGUUUCUAACUCUGAACCAUAGCAUUUAUUCAUGCAGAAUCUCCUUUCAAUGAUCUUGCCUAGGCUCUUCUUGUAACCCAUAGUUCCUUUGAGUUCUUUAGAUUUCCAGAACCUUAAUUUCAAAAGACGGUUAGCUCGGCUGUGAAUUGGGAUUAGGAGAUCGGAAUUUGUUAACCACCAUCCAGAGUACUGCAUUGUUUCGUGCUAGACAAUUCAUGAUCUCAAGUUUAGUUUCCAAUCAAUAUUGAUGAUCUCCACCUGUGGCACUAUUCUAUAUGGUAAACCAACACUUAUUUUAUUCC